CACCGACCUGGGCGAGGAGCAAGAGUAAGGAUUAUGCGGUGGAGAGUGCUAAAGCGAAGAAGGUUGUCCCAGUUGGGCUCAGGGGCGAAAAAGCUGCAUUUCAAUAGAAACCCCAUCCCCUUGGCCACGGCGUACGCAUUCAGGUCCAGUCUAUGGCACCGCAGGUGGACGCCGCAGCCCAGUUUCCUGCGCAGAGCGACUGCUUUCAAGGCCAGACCGCCCGAGGAGACUCUAUCGAAACACCACAGGGGGUUUGCUUCGCAAACAAGCAAAAAACAGACUGCUGGGAUUAUGUAAGCACGCACACGAGCGCAAGCCUCGCUUUAAUUAUCCCCUAAUUACCAGCGGGAGAGUUGGUGCAUUCCGCACGUGAGCGGGGUGCUGGUCGGUGUGGUGACGCGCGUGCGCCUUGCGAACACAAAACUGGUUGCAAAGUGGCAGUAGAGAGCGAGAGAACUGGAAAUCAUUAUAAAGUGUGAGGCCGCUGCACGUACAGCUGUCUGCUUGCCUUCUGCUUUACCAGACGUCACUUUUUUCCUGUUAAUUUUUGGAAUAAAAAAAAAAAACAACAAAACAAACAAACAAGAAGUCAACUCGCCGUAAACAGGACUACGUUAUGGACGAAGGGAUUUCUCGUCUGCAAGACAGACAGUUUUUGGAUCACGCAGAUUUUCUUGGGGUGGAAUAUUCUUCGUUGUACAUGUGCAAGCCGAAAAGAGGCAUGAAGAGAGAAGAGAAUAAGGAAGCCUACAAGCUACCCCACAGACUGAUAGAGAAGAAAAGACGCGACCGGAUCAAUGAAUGUAUCGCCCAGCUGAAAGAUUUGCUGCCAGAGCACCUGAAACUGACGACGCUCGGGCACCUGGAGAAAGCAGUGGUCUUGGAGCUAACCCUGAAGCACUUGAAAGCGUUGACAUCAGUCACGGAGCAACAGCACCAGAAGAUCAUUGCUUUGCAGACUGGGGACCGCGCAAUGAAAGGCGCCCUUCAGCCUGACCUGGACGCUUUCCACUCGGGCUUUCAAACCUGUGCCAAAGAAGUCCUGCAGUACCUUAACCGCUUCGAGAACUGGACCUCCAGGGAGCAGAGAUGCGCGCAGCUCAUGAACCAUUUGCACAAACUUUCGGCGCAGAUCGUGCCCGCCGCCACCUCCGCCCCCCUGGUGGUGCCCCCGCAGGUGUCGGCGGGCAGCAAAGGCCCCCCCGCCCAGGAACACAAGCAGCCCAAGCUGGAGGCGCAGACCAACUGCGUACCGGUGAUCCAGAGGACUCACAACGGUGAACUUAACGAAAAUGACACAGACACCGACAGCGGCUACGGUGGCGAGACAGAGAAGUACGACGGCAAAGCCCAGGAGUGUAAGGGUGGGAAUCCCCCUGGGGUGAAACGCGUGAAAGUGAAGCAGGAGUUUGGCGAUGAGACCCCCAUCAAAAAAAUGAAAGUGGACUCCUCCGGGGCGACUGGGCUGACUGCGGACACGAUUGGCAGGUCCGACGUGUCUCUGCUCAACUCCCUGGUGGGACUUGGCGGCGUUCCUUUCGGACAGCAAACACCCUUCUGCCUGCCAUUCUAUUUUAUAUCUCCCUCGGCGGCCGCAGCCUACAUGCCUUUUUUGGACAAAGCCAGUCUGGAGAAAUACUUAUACCCUGCCGCUGCCGCCACCUCGGCGAACCCGUUCCCGCUCGUCUACCCGGGAAUCCCCGCUCACACCGCCGCAGCCGCCUUCCCUGGGUUGUCGGCGGCGCUGUCCCCAGAGAAGAGCUGUCCAAUGUCCGCAUUGCUGUCGCAGAGAACGGGCACCCCAUCACCUGGUGUCGCGGCGCCAUCAUCUCCCACAGACAAUGACCUGCACAUGGACAGUGACAGCAGCCGCUCGCAAGAAUCUCUCAAGUCGGAGAACGAUGGCACUUAAAGCCGAACAGUAUGCCUCCAGAAAUGUCAGAAGUGCUUACUAACCGUGUUACGCACAACCUCACCACCUCGCGUUUGAGUGUUUUUAUGUUUCCUUUCACGUUACAUGUGGUUGUAGUUUGUUGAAAUGUUCCCUUCUUUAGUUAACACGGCUCAAAUAUCAAUGAUCAUGUUAGGGAUCCUCGUUCUCAUCUGACGUAAUAUAUUGUUUAUCCUGCCCAGUUGUGUACACACAAUAUGACCAUUUUAUAAGCAAGUGCUGAGAUUGCAGUUUUUAAAAGAAAAAAAUCAUAUUUUAACCAGUGUUUGUGCACAGCUAUUCAACAUGCAGGAAAAGAACUGGUGACUUUUUUAUUUAUGAAGGCAAAAAUGAACUUAUCAGCACCUUAUUGCAAUUUUACAAUGAAUGUAUUAAACGAUAUUACUGAUUGUUUUGUAAAAGCAAAGAAAACAUACCUGCCAGAUUUUGUUUUUCUCCAAGGUAACAUAUAUUUGUUAACACACUGCUUUUUGAGACACAGUGUCUCUUUUAUCUGUACAAUACUUUUUUUUUUUUUUUAACGUUUUUGGAAAAUACCAAUGCACUGAGCCUUUUCAGCAAAUAUAGCUUUUCCUGAUUAAAACAACAACAAAAAAUCAUUUUAAUAGAAAGACUAAACAGUAUUACUUUGCCAAGUGCAUUUUGCAGUAAGCUUUGGUCUCUGUGGUUUUUAAUGUUAUGCUUUUCUUUAAUUGGCACUAAAGAAUUAAAAAAAAAAAAAAAAAGCCCCUCUCCACUUAGGAGAUCUCCUCAGUGAGAUAUUUAUAGGUUGUUGCCAAGGUAGCACUGGUGAGUGGUUGCACUAGUACGUUAUGUAAGAGAGGAGACUCAAGUCUUGCUAUGAAUAUACUGUAUAUGGGAAAAGCUCUGGUCAAUUUAUUUUUUCUGUCUAACUCUGCUUUUCUUGCUGUUUUGUGGCCUAUACAUUCAAUCAAUGUCAUAUUUGCCUAUAUAAAAGAUGGGGUGUUUGUACAUACAAUAGGCAUAAAAUGGUAUGUGUCCCAAUGUAUUUGUUGUAGGGGAAGAAAUAUAUAUAUAUUUGGAUUUUUAAAGAAUUUAAUAGAGCAUAUGUUGCACUUAAUUGUUAGAGUGCUUAAAGCUUAUGGUGUCCUAAAGUAUAAAAAUAUAUAAUAAAAAAUCAUCAGGAAAACAUCAAAUGCAGGCUACAAGUGUUUGUUAAUGUGAUGUUAUGAGUUCAUGGUGAAUUUUUGGGUGUUUUGUAAAAGUCCUUGUCAAAUGUGGCGUUGCAGCUUUUCUCAUUUUUGAAGUGCAAAGGUUUACAUCCAAAGGAUUCAAAGGCCCUUCUUGGAGGGCUGCUGUGUGUGUGUUGGUGUUUUUACAAAGUAUUACUUUUUAUUUUUAACUCAAAUUUUGAAAAAAAAAAAAAUUGUGAGUUUUUCAACAGGUUGUAGUAGUUUUCCGUGGUACAAAAGGUGGAAGGUGCACAAAAGUCUGUAUUCAAGAUGCCUUUUAAAGUAUGUUUAUAUAUUAGAAGUUAAGUGCGGUGUAUAAACCUCAAAGACUAUAUGGGCAAAUGCAUGUAAAAGAAAACACUACUUAAAUUUGCAGACAGAACUGUGAUAAAACAACCCAAAAAGUUGAAUUAAGCAAGGAGUUGAGUCAGAACAAAGGAUUCGAAUUUGCUGAAAUACUUACUUGGAAUAAGUCACGUUAGUCUUCAUGACUUUUGAGUAACUAAGUUUUAUAUCUCUGGUUUAAGCCAUUAAAAAUCUGAUGCUGAAAAGCUUUUCUUUAUUGUUUGUGCUUUUUGAUUUUGGUCCAGGUAAUCCUAACGUGUCUCAUGAUUGUGCACAUCUGCACAAUGUAAAAUAAAAGUUGAAUUGUGUUAAACAUUUUGUACCACUUUAGAAGAUUAAAGUAAAGGUCCACA